CUGACUUCUUCCCACUCAACAACCAAACUGCUCUUACUGCUGCUGCAACAGACAAAACAUCAACAUCAUGGAUGCACUAGUUUCUGAAUAUCAGAACCGCCAAAGGAUCAAGGAAGUUGAGAACUCCUUCGGUCCCUCAGCGCCGCAGCUUUUCACACCAGGUCGAUUUCUGAAAGGAGAGGGCCCCUUGAUGAAGCAGGGCCGCAAGAAGUGGGAGCAGAAAAUGUUCUUCCUCUUCAACGAUAUCCUGGUGUACAGCAGCAUCAUCUUGAACAACCGCUGGCACAAGAACCCCAAGAUCAUCCCGUUAAAGGACAUCAUGCUGGACGACAUGGAGGACUUUGAUGACGUGAAGCACCAGUGGCUGAUCUGCACACCUCGCAAGUCCUUCCACGUAUCGGCCUCCUCUGACGAGGAGAAGAAAGCCUGGAUGCAGCACAUCGAGGCCUGCCAGCAGACCCUGCUGCAGGAGCCGGUCCUCCAAACAAAGACAACCUACGCCAAAUCCUGGAUCCCCGACCGAGCCGCUCAGAAGUGCAUGCGCUGCCUCGCCACGUUCACCGGCAUCAACCGGCGACAUCACUGCAGAAAGUGCGGCUUCGUGGUGUGCAACGCGUGCUCCAAGGGCCGGGCCCUCAUCGAACACAUCGACCCCAACAAACCGCUGAGGAUCUGCAAAGCCUGCAACAAAACGGAGGAUGACCAGACCUUCCGCCUGAGAGGAGACAGCUCUGGCUUGUGGGAUGAAGCAUCCAGUGAUGAAGAGUGAACACUGAGCAAUCCUCCUGUAGGCUGAAAUUGAGGUGGUGUGACAGAGACCUAGUCAUGUGUCCCCUUCCUGUGGAGGAAAUGUAGCCAUUAAACGGUUGAUAUUCAGAGAGAAUCUGAAAUCCUUGAUGUGUGGAAGAGUUCAGCAGAACAGAGCAGGUGAGGGAGAGGAAGGACACCUGUCAGCCAAUACCUGAGUUUAACAUGAAUGUGUUGGUAAGACCUGCUGGACUAAAGGAGAGCAACGCAACCGCUACAGAGUGUUGGACUCUUGAUGAAAAUAAAGAAGCUGCUGUAGAAGACAGAAAGUCAUAAAGUAUUUGAAAAGGAAAAAAUAUUGUAAGAUAUUUAUAAUAUAAAGUGUUCUGCUAUUAUGAUUUAGUUUGAUGUACUUAGUGCUGUAUCGAUGUUUAUCACUGUGCUCAAACUGUAGAAUCUUAUAUGAAGCUAAAUGUCCUUGUGUUUCCAAUCAUAUGUUGUUUUUGUUGAUGUUUACAGUUGUGCAACUUAAUGCUGCAACUUUAUCAAUAAAAAUAAAUGUCCAAUAAAUGUAAA